UAGAAUCUUCGGGUCGGGGUUUUUGCCAAAAAAAAAUGUGUGGGUUUCGGGGGUCAGGUCGGUUUUUUGCUCGCACGGGGUGGGCGUCGGGGAUUGGGGUUUGUUAGGGUAACCUUUGGGGUUCCGGUCGGGGUUUAUGCCAAAAAUAUCGGAGUCGGGGUAGGCGUCGGUGAUCGGGGUUUGUUGGGGUGAUCGGGGUUUGUUGUUUCGGGGGUCGUGUCGGGGUUUAUGCCUAGAAAUUCGUUGGGAUAUGGGGUUUCGGGGGACUUGGUGCUACCCUAUUUUAUACGUAUAAACUUGUUAUAGUUUAAAAAAUUAAGAUAAAAAUUAAAAAUCAGAAAAUGCCCCCAAUUUUGAUUUGGAAUAGAUGUAAACAUGCAAGAGGAAUCGGUUAUCCAGACUAUCCUUUGAUUGAAUCAAAUACUAAAUGUCCCUUCGAUUGCACUUUUACUUAUGAUAGAAAAUUCGAGGCAAACGCAUCGACAACACUUUUUUUCCUUCAUUUAUUUUGUAAUGAGACUGAUUGGCCAAAAAAUCGUAGAGAAGAUCAAAAUUAUAUGAUGUAUACAGUUGAAUCCCCUAUACAAACCAUUUUUAAAUUUUAUGACAGAAAAUUAUUGACAGACAAAUUUUUUAAUAGUUCAGCAACUUAUCGUUUAGAUAGUUCUGUUUUUAUGCCCUAUGACGCUUUAACAAGAAUUACUCCAUAUACUCCAAAAGAAUAUAUUUGGGAUCAGAAAGAGGUCAAUUUAUUUUAG